UGGCUGAAUGCCCAAUGCCGUCGUUCUACUAAAGGCGGUGGCAUCCACCAGCUGAUGGUGCCCUACGACAUCCUGACGGAUCGCGAGCGCCAGCGCUAUCGCAAGUUGACCUAUCAACUGAUCCGAUUCCUACAGUUCAAUGGCUACCGGCUCACCAGACUGGCUACAGCUGCACCGGCCACCGGUCGAAAGCCGAGCAUACAGUUGGCCGCUGCUGCCCCCAGCAGCACUGGCAUCACUAACUCAGGAGGCGGAGGGCCGUCGAGCAGAUUAUGUAAGCAAACGCAUUCAUGUCUUUUGCUCGACCAUUCAAGACGGAUUUCCCACAGAAUUUCCUAG